UGUCUACUGUGUCAUCUAUCGACGUAUGUAAUUAGCUCAGAGAAACAUAAAAUUGCUUCAGUUCAGUCAGCGAAUUACUGUUGGUGACGAUCCCGGUGACUGCGGACGUUCUCCAGCCAAACUUUCAUCUUUUCCUUGUAUUAAGGUCUCAGGUUCCCUCGACAAUGGUACUACGGGGGAUAUUGCCCUUGCUGUGUGUGCUGAUACUUCAUACAGAUUUGUCACUGCAACAGCAAGUGUUUCAGACGGAGAUUCAGAGCACGGUCGUGACCGGGGGUGCAACUGCAUACUUCCAGGCUGUUGUGCUCCCCUCCGUUAGCGGGGUCGGCACAUGGAAUAAAGAUGGCGUCCAGUUGACCAGUGUGGCCGGUAAAAUUAACAUCAUUGUCUCUGGCGAUUUCCGACAACUUUUCAUCACCAACAGCCAAGCUUCUGACGCCGGCACCUACAGCUACACACUGGGCGGCAGAACGACGACAGCGCAGCUAAGCAUCGCAGAAAACCUGGCUAUCCAAAGCGGGCUAUCUGACAGCACCGUGAAUGUCGGCGCUACGGUUACCCUACAGACCAACCUGUCUCACAGCGGUGUCAGCCUCGGAGCGUGGUAUAAGAAUGGUGCAUUGAUAGUGUUGAAUUCCCGAAUACAGGCGUCAGCGAGUGGUCAGUCGCACUCCCUGUCCAUCUCCGACGUCCAGACAACGGACGCUGGUACAUAUGAAUACAGAGUUCAUGGACUGUCCACAAGUGCUACACUCGUCAUUCGAGAUAUAUCUAUAGUUGAGGGUCUUCCGAACUUGACGGCCCCGAUGUCCCAGUCCGUAGUGUUCCAGGUGAGACUGAACGCGGCUGGCGUCACCAACGGUGUGUGGAGAAAAGGUCAGACCCAACUAGCAACAUCCGGGCGGUACAGCACUGCUGUGGUCGGAGCCCUCCAGCAACUCCUUAUAUCCAACAUCCAGUCCAUAGACGCGGGGACAUAUACGUUUACAGUGAGCGGAAAGUCGACAUCGGGAGACCUCGUUGUCACGCAAGCACUAAACAUCCAACUUACACUCCAAAAUACGUCAGUAUCGGUCGGGGCCACAAUCCAACUCCAGGCGUACUUGUCGCAGAAUAACAUCAGUACCGGCACAUGGUCCAAGAAUGGUGUUGCACUCACCAGCGCUGGACGUACGCAGAUAACCGUUGAUGGUCAUUUUCAGCGUCUGACCAUUAGCAAUGCCGAGUUGUCCGACGCGGCCCGGUAUUCAUACUCCGUCAGCGGACAGGAAACGUCGGCCUUUGUCAAUAUCAUCAGCGUUCCGAUAAAUGGAGGAUUUACCCAGUGGAGUCAGUGGACGAAUCCGUCCUGUGGCAUCACGUGUGGCACCGCCGGCAGUCUUAACCGGACACGUGCUAGAACCUGCACCAACCCAGCUCCCAGUAAUGGCGGACAGGAUUGCUCAGGAGACACAAUCGAAUUGCUCCUGAAGACGUGCGUCUUUGGCGCGUGUCCAGUAAACGGUGGCUUCUCAUUGUGGACUGAGUGGACGGAUCCAUCUUGCAACAUCACUUGUGGAACAAGAACCGAUGUAGAACGGAGACGAACCAGGAGCUGCAACAAUCCUGCUCCAAGCAAUGGCGGGCUGAACUGCACUGGACCUUUUCUUGGUGUUGUGCCGAAAACCUGUGCUUUCCCUGCUUGUGUUGUUCCGAUAAAUGGAGGAUUUACCCAGUGGAGCGAGUGGACGGAUCCGUCCUGUGGCAUCACGUGUGGCUCCACAGGCAGUCUUAACAGGACACGUACGAGAACCUGCACUAACCCAGUUCCCAGCAAUGGCGGACAGGAUUGUUCUGGAGAUACAAUUCAGUCGUUGCUGAAGACGUGCGUCUUUAGUGCAUGUCCAGAUCUCUGCACACCAGCCAUCUACCGUUACGGCAUUGGCUACAGGUACCAUCCUACUGACUGCGACAAGUAUGUACAGUGUUACAGGAAUCCAAAUGGCAAAGUUGUUGCCAUCUACAGGAGGUGUCCUUUUGGGUUUUUCUGGAACCAGGUGACAUUUCAAUGUGACGACGCCUGGAAGGUUACAUGCCCGGUUGAUAAAUGCCGAGAUAACUGCACGGCCAACUUCAACCUGCUGGGUAGCUGCCGAGCGUACUGGGAGUGUGACCGGAGGGGUGUGUCAGUUCCUAGGUGCUGUGCUAUGGGCUUCAGCUACGUGGAACGUCAAGGCUGCAGACCAAACUUCUUCUGCCGGGAUGUGUGUCCAACUGCAUGUGCGGACAGAGAUGUCUGUGACAAGCGUCCUGACUGGAACACCAACACGACGACAUACAACAUGUUUACCGGCUCGCGGGGCUGGGCACCAACGACAUGUGCUUCUGGAACCUUCUUCGACGUCACCGACUGCGGCUGCAGUGCAAUGAACACGUCGUGUGCACCGUCAUAUACCGUCAGCUUCACUACCGGGCCUUCAUUUACCUCUGCCCUUGAAUCCUGGCUGAAACUGUCAAACGUUGACGUUUCCAACGGCUUUGCAAACUUCAACGGAAGUAGUCAGCUUGUGGGUAAUAUCUCCAUGCCAACAGCUUCUGGACGUUGUCCUCUUAUUAUUCGGUUCCGGUACAGGGAAUCGGCGCAAGGGACUGGACGCAGAGUGCUCGUCAGUACCAGAGACUGUAGAAGGGGCAAUAGUUUGGUCAUCGCUGUGGACAACGAUACCAUGAUGUUUGAGCUGACGUCGUGGUAUGGCUUAACGGUUAAACUACCCGUGUCCAUGGUGGGGUUUACUCGUAUCCAGUGGAAGACUGUCACCCUGUUGUACGGAGGUUAUGACAUGUUAGCUGUCGUGGAGAGCGAUACCCUCGAAUAUGCCGCCAAAGUUCACGCCUCGGAGUCCACUAUAAUGGAAUGUGGCCUGACGUUCGGUUCCGACAACUUCAACACUACAACCAACUUUGUUGGUCAACUUGAUCAGUUGACGCUCUACAGAUGCAACCCUGGCAAUCUGUAUUGACCAUUGGAGUCUGAUGGAUGAUGCUCAAUGUACCUGAACCCCACCCCGGUCGUCAGCCCUACAGGACAGGCCCCUUUGUGAUUACAAUAUACCAAAUAACAAAUAACCGUACGAUUCAAGGUUGAUUAACAGGGCACGUCAGCAAUGUAUGUUUAAUACACGAUACUCUACAUACAAUCAAAUGUAUUUUAAUAUAAUUAUGAAUUAGAGCUAUUUAUGUACUAUUUAACACCGCAGUCAACAAUAUUCCAGUCAUAUGAAAGCAGUCUGGAAAGAACCGAGUCUGGACCAGAGAAUCCAGUGGUUGACAUCAUGAGCAUCGAUCUACGGAACUGAGAUACGAUGGCAGGCAUCAAUCAAGUCCCGGAGCCUGACCACCCGAUCCCGUUAGUUGCCUCUUACGACAAGCAUGGGUUGCUGAAGACCUAUUCUAACCCGGAUCUUAGUUUGCUGCAUUAGAACAUUGUAUGAAUUAUGUUACCCAUGGUAAAAAUGUCAGUAUUGUUCGAAUAUGUAUGUAUGUUCUAGAAGUGCACUGAGGACGGUCGCCACAUGGCAAUAGAAAUGUAAUGUAUGCUAUUGCCCAACAGGUCAUGUUCUUCUUCACCAUUCUAAUCUUAAUCUGCAUUGCAUUAUUAUUGAACAGUUAAUUUAUUUGAAUAAAAUAUAUCUGGAUA